AAUCAUUCGAAAGCAGCAGCGACGCCUCAACUCAUUCGAUCAUUGACAAUUAACCUAAUCCGAUUGAAUCUACUCAUCCCAAUUCCAUCUACCCUUUACCCUAAUCCUCAAUAAUUUGAAUUUCACUGACCUUCAAGCUUCCUUCCAUGGCGGACGUCUCAUCCCAUAGCCCCUUUUAGGGUCCGGAGUUCGUAGCAAAAGGGGGAAAAAGUGGAUGAUGAAAUUGAUAUCGAAUUUCGGAAAUCGAAGCCGACACUGCGCAAUGCUAACAACCGAUUCGUGAGAUUGAAGCAAUCCUCUCGAUUAAUAUUCCUCCCACCAACCACUGGUUGUUACCUAUUUCGGUUUCCUUCGUUUGUUUGUUUGUUUGUUUCUUCCUCUCUCUCCAAAAUGAAGCAGCUAAUGGCGCUGCAGAUGGGAGGCGGUCGCCGCAGCAGCAGUCUCCGGAGCUCGGAAUCGAACGCCGACGCGCCGAAUAGAUCGACGGCGACCGUGUUCUGGCUUCUCGUCCAUGGAUUCUGCUGCCUGAUCAGCUUAGUCCUCGGCUUCCGAUUCUCCCGCCUGGUGCUGUUCCUCGUGAUCUCAACUUCCUCCUCCCCCUCCGCCACCACUAUCUACACCGCUCUCCGGACGUCGUUCCCGUCCUCCUCCGCCGCCCCCGCGCCGUCGAGCAGAGUGGCGGUCGGACGCCACGGCAUACUGAUCCGCCCCUGGCCGCAUCCCGAUCCGUCGGAGGUGAUGAAGGCGCACGGGAUCAUCUCCAGAGUUCAACUGGAGCAGCGAAAUCAAUUUGGGGAAAAAAACCCUAGAACAGUAAUUGCAAUUACUCCUACUUAUGUACGGACUUUUCAGGCUCUGCAUCUAACCGGCGUGAUGCAUUCUCUAAUGAACCUCCCAUACGACGUCGUUUGGAUCGUCGUCGAAGCCUCCGUCGCCGGCGCCACCACUAACGAAACCGCCGACCUAAUUUCAAAAUCAGGGCUGAAAACAAUCCACAUCGGAUUCAAGGGGCGUAUCCCUCUGCUUUGGGACGAUCGCCGCGCCCUGGAUUCGAAGAUGAGAAUCCACGCCUUGAGGGUCGUGCGCGACAAGCGGCUAGAAGGGAUAGUCGUAUUCGCGGACGACAGCAACAUCCAUUCGAUGGAAUUCUUCGACGAAAUCCAAAAAGUGAGACGGAUCGGUGCAGUUUCAAUCGGGAUUCUAGCUCGUAGCGAAAAAAUGACGGCGCAAGGCCCUGUGUGCAAUUCUUCAGGACAUUUGAUCGGGUGGCACGCCUUCGACACAAGUCCUAGGUACACCGGCGACAUGCCAAAGAAGUUGGAGUGGGCAGGCUUUGUAUUGAAUUCGAGGUUGUUGUGGGACGGCUCGGAUAAGCCUGUCCGGAUUAAGGAUUUCGAAGAGGUAGUCGAUAGCCCGUUGUCUAUGUUAAGCGACAUGUCAGCCGUGGAGCCUUUAGGCGGCUGUGGACGUAAAGUUCUGUUGUGGUGGGCGCGGGUCGAGGCCCGGGCAGACAGCAAGUUCCCGGCGGGGUGGAGAAUCGAUCCUCCGCUGUCGAUCACGGUGCGCGCGAAGCGCACGCCGUGGCCGGAAACUCCGCCGGAGCUCCCGGAGGAUUCUCGGAAAGGUUGAGGUGAGUAGAAUUUUUAUAUUUUAUAUUUUUAUUUUUAUUUUUAUUUUUUAUAUAUAUGUGAAAACUUAAAAGAGUUGAAUGGAGGAUUGAAGGGAGCUGUUGCAUAUAUAAUACGUCGAUAGUUAGAGAGAUUUAUAGAUAAAUGUGGUGAAUAAUUCAUAUUUCAUUUUAUUUUAUUUUAUUUUAUUUUAUUUUUUAAAUUAGAAUCAUUUGUUGUUUAUUGAUGAAUUUGAUUUGUUUGUUUAUGGCGAGCGGGUAGUGAUUUUGGUAUGUAUUAAAUUCGAAUUCCUUACACGCAAUAUUUUUAUUGUAUAAAAUAUUUUUUUGUGCAUAAUUAACUAAU